AUGACGUCACAAACUUCCAACUUCAGGAAGCUGGAACUUUUUUAGUACGUCUCCGUUUUUAACUGACGUUACAGCUUUAAAUUCACGUCUUUUAGACAAGAAACCGAGAGCGGGUGAACAUAUUAUUGUUGUUUUGUAUUUAUGCUUCAAAGAAACUGUCUUUGUAGAUCAACUUUGUGCGAACUUAAGAUACAAGAGGACGAGCAGGACUUUAAGCUCGCCAAACAUCACGAACUGAACAUGUUAGCCUCCAGUUUGCUAGCUAACUACGGUACCGAGCUCCAUGACGACCAAGUUCUUAAAGUGGACAAAUACCUGAACCAUUUUCAGUUGUCAGAUGAGACUUUGAUGGAUUUGUCAAUAAGAUUUCGACGAGAGAUGGACAAAGGUCUGUGCAGAGACACCAACCCCACAGCUGCUGUGAAGAUGCUGCCCACGUUUGUGCGCUCCACUCCUGAUGGAACAGAGCAAGGAGAAUUCCUGGCACUCGAUCUUGGCGGAUCCAACUUCCGGGUGCUCCUGGUCAAAGUUAUGGCUAAUGGCAAGCAAGAGGUGGAGAUGGAAAAUCAGAUUUACGCCAUUCCUGAACACCUCAUGAGAGGCAACGGGACUGCGCUAUUUGACCACAUCGCUGAUUGUCUGGCUCAGUUCCUGGAGAAGUUGGGCAUAAAGGAUAAAAAGCUGCCUCUGGGUUUCACCUUCUCUUUUCCCUGUCAGCAGACAAAGCUGGAUGAGAGUGUUUUGGUGUCUUGGACCAAAAACUUCAAGGCCUGCGGCGUAGAGGGAAAGGAUGUGGUCAGCCUUCUGAGGAAAUCCAUUAAGAAACGAGGCGACUUUGAUGUUGACAUUCUGGCUGUGAUAAAUGACACCGUGGGAACCAUGAUGACCUGUGGCUACGACGAUCAUCACUGUGAAAUUGGCCUCAUUGUGGGAACGGGUACCAACGCCUGCUACAUGGAGCAGAUGAGGAACCUGGACCUGCUGGACAGUGACGAGGGCCGGAUGUGUGUUAAUACGGAGUGGGGCGCUUUUGGAGACGAUGGCGCCCUGGAGGACCUGCGCACCAACAUUGACCGGGAAAUAGACGCAGGCUCUCUGAACCCUGGCAAGCAGCUGUUUGAGAAGAUGGUCAGCGGCCUGUACAUGGGGGAAGUGGUGCGUCUCAUCCUGGUGAGGAUGACCAAAGAGCAGCAGCUGUUCAAGGGCAAAACUACAGCAGAGCUCCUGACCACCGGAAGCUUCCACACCAGCUACAUCUAUGGCAUUGACAAUGACGUAGAAGAGGAAGGUCUGGCGAGUGCGGAAAAGGUGCUCCGGGGCCUGGGUCUGGACCCGUUGGUUGAAGACUGCAUAGCCACACAGAGGGUGUGUCAGAUAGUAUCUACCCGGGCCGCACACCUGUGUUCUUCCACUCUCGUGGCAGUGCUGCGGCAGAUCCGGGAUAACAAAGCAGCUGAGAAGCUUCGUUCCACUAUCGGAGUGGAUGGCUCUGUUUACAAGAAUCAUCCAGAGUUUUCCAGGAGGCUCCACAAGAUGGUACGGCGACUUGUGCCGGACUGCGAUGUGCGUUUUCUGCAGUCGCAGUGUGGCAGUGGGAAGGGUGCCGCUAUGGUAACGGCAGUAGCCUACCGCCUGGCCGCGCAGCAUGCCGAGCGUCAGCACAUCCUCGACACCUUGCGUCUGAGUCGUGAGCAGCUGCUGGAGGUGAAGAAGAUAAUGAGCGAGCAGAUGGUGCGAGGCCUGUCCAGGCAAACCCAUCAGCAAGCGAGCGUCAAGAUGCUCCCCACCUUUGUCAGAGACACACCAGACGGAACAGAGCACGGCGACUACUUGGCUUUGGACCUCGGGGGCUCCAGCUUCCGGGUGCUGCUGGUGCGAGUGCGAAGUGGAAAGGGACACAAUGUGGACAUGCAUCACAAGAUCUACAGUAUCCCACAGGACACGAUGCAAGGCACAGGGGAAGAGCUGUUCAGCCACAUUGUCGACUGCAUCGCCGACUUCCUGGAAUACGUUGGUAUGAGAGGAGCAUCCUUACCUCUGGGAUUUACUUUCUCCUUCCCCUGUAAUCAAAGCAAACUGGAUCAGGGCAUUCUUCUGAAGUGGACAAAGGGUUUCAAAGCCAGCGGCUGUGAAGGACAAGAUGUCAUUAAGUUACUGCAGGAUGCUGUCCGCCGCAGACAGGAAUUUGACUUGAACUUUGUGGCGGUGGUUAACGACACAGUGGGAACCAUGAUGACCUGCAGCUACGAGGACCCCGAAUGUGAGGUGGGACUCAUCGUAGGCACAGGGACCAACGCCUGCUACAUGGAAGAAAUGCAGAACAUCGAGUUGGUGGAGGGAAACGACGGCCGUAUGUGUGUCAACAUGGAGUGGGGAGCAUUUGGUGACGAUGGGGAACUCGAUGACUUCUGCACCCAGUUUGAUCACAUUGUCGAUGAUUGCUCUAACAAUCCUGGGAAGCAGAGGUAUGAGAAGAUGAUCAGUGGCAUGUACCUGGGGGAGAUAGUGAGGAAUGUGCUCAUCGAUUUCACUGCAAAGGGCUUGCUGUUCAGAGGCAAAGUGUCGGAGCGACUCAAGACCCACUGCAUCUUCGAGACAAAGUUCCUGGCACAGAUUGAAAGUGACCGCCUGGCCAUGCGACAGGUCCGCUCGAUACUGCAGCACCUGGGCCUCGACAACUCCACGUGUGAUGACAGCGUGCUGGUGAAGGAGGUGUGCAGUGUGGUGUCACGCCGUGCAGCUCAGCUCUGCGGGGCCGGUUUAGCCGCCGUGGUCGACAAGAUGCGACAGAGCCGCAACCUGAACCAGCUUUCCAUCGGCGUGGGAGUGGACGGCACCCUUUAUAAGACGCACCCUCAUUUCUCCAGCAUCAUGCAGGAGACGCUGCAGGAUUUGGCCCCGCAGUGCCAGGUGACUUUCCACAAGUCUGAGGAUGGAAGUGGGAGGGGAGCCGCUCUGAUCACAGCCGUGGCCUGCAGGAUCAAGAGUGAAGAGCAGCGCUGAAAGACUUUGACCGGCAGGUAGAACCAGAGCUGCUACGACUCAGAUCUGUAGUGCUGAAAUGUUUAUUCUGCCUCAUUGGGAGUGGGUUCACAUGCACGCUGUGAGCGUUUAGCUUUGUGUUCGGUACAUAUUUAUGGCGUGAGCUGACAUUGCUGUGUCUUUCAGAACUGACAGUUUGUGUGUUGGAGUUGCAGCUUCUGAGAAAUAUGACUGUUACGAGCUGUGAGGCUCUUUUUAUUUUUACACUCCUUCAUUUUGAUUUGAACCAUUUGGUUUCCUCCCAGCUGUUUAAUAACUUCCUAAUCACAGAGAGCGUUUGGUUUCAUAUCAGUUUUAAUAAAACAAGAUUUUAAUAUAAAUACUUUUUAUACAAACUAUCACCUUCUUUCCAUUUUACCAAAUUUCAAUUUUGUCGUCUUAUUAAUUUAAAAAUAAACGUGUUAUUCUCUCCUUCUC